AACAGCAGAAUGCAGCACUGGCCCCUGGGAUUUCUCAUCUGUCUCUUUCUCAGCUUUCUACUGCCAGGCAGGGGGCAUGGUUUUACCAUCAAUUGUUCGGGAUUUGACUACCGAGGGGUGGACCCCACUGUCUUUGCCUCUGUGAUUGGGAGAAAGGACUUUCGUCCAGUUCUCAACUACAGCUUCCCAACCUAUGUCAACAUCUCCUUCACCAUGUCCUCCAUCUUGGAUGUGGACGAGCAGCUCCAGCUUCUGACUUCAUUCCUGUGGCUGGACAUGGUCUGGGACAAUGCUUUCAUCAGCUGGAACCCAGAGGAGUGUGGGGGCAUUCAGAAAAUCUCUGUGACAACACAAAACUUGUGGCUCCCAGACAUCUUCAUCAUAGAGUCUGUAGAUGUGGAUCAGACUCCAACAGGUCUCACUGCGUAUGUGAGUAAUGAAGGUCGCAUCAAGUAUAAGAAACCAAUGAGGGUGACCAGCAUCUGUAACCUGGACAUCUUCCGCUUCCCCUUUGACCAGCAGAACUGCACUCUGACCUUUAGCUCCUUUCUCUACACAGUGGAUGACAUGUUGCUGGGCAUGGAAAAGGAACUGUGGGAGAUUGUAGACACAUCACGGAAUCUUAUCAUGACCCAAGGGGAGUGGGAACUCCUGGGCAUCAACAAAGCAACCCCAAAGAUGUCAGUGGGGUCCAGCCUUUAUGACCAGAUCAUGUUUCACGUGGCUAUUAAACGCCGACCUGGCCUCUAUGUGGUAAACCUGCUGUUGCCCAGUGGAUUUCUGAUAGCAAUCGAUGCUCUGAGCUUCCUUCUGCCAGUUGAAAGUGGGAACCGAGCCCCAUUCAAGAUGACCCUUCUUCUGGGAUACACUGUCUUCCUACUCAUGAUGAAUGACUUGCUUCCUGCCAGUGGCAUCCCUCUGAUAAGUGUCUACUUUGCUCUGUGUCUGACCCUGAUGGUAACCAGCCUGUUGGAGUCAGUCUUCCUCACCUAUCUCUUGCACGUGGUCACUACACAGCCCCCUCCCAUGCCACACUGGCUCUAUUCACUUGUGCUAAGAUACAUCAAAGCUACAGAAUGCUUCAACAAGAGGUCCCAGAAAGAGAACAAGGGCCCUGGACCCAACUCCAUCCAUCUGCCGGGCCUGAAAGACCCAGUGGUGGUGACAGAAUGGAAGCCAGGCCCAGGUAAGGCUGGGCUGAACGGAGACCCACAAUCCCCAUGGACAGAGCCUGAACAGCAGAACCAGAGGCAAAGGACUGUGGAUAUGUGGGUGAAGUUUAGCCUCGCUCUGGACACGAUGCUCUUUUGGCUUUACCUGUCAUUCAUGUCCUCCUCCUUAACCACAAUCAUCAUCCUCUGGAAAGGCUAG